CCCUAGUCCCUCUGUUGUACCCUGCACCGGAAGCCCACCCUAUCCUCCUCCCCUAGUCCCUCUGUUGUACCCCGCACCGGCGGCCGGCGCCUCCAACCAGCCGGCUCUCCCGCUGCCGCCGUGAAGCUCACACUCUCACACACCACCAUCGCCCCCACGCACCGCGGCUACACCCACCGCAGAUUCACCCCACGCUCCGCCCGCCCUUGUAUAUCCAGCCGGUUUCAAGCGAGCGCGCGCCCCGUGGCCCAGCACGCACGCUUGGUGCUCGACGGAUUGCCAGAACCCCACGUCACCUGGCGCUCCGCCCUCGCCUACGGCACAGAGCACGUCUUUGAAUCAGAUUCAAGGGGCAUGAGGUUUGUGGUGACGAAAGUGUGUGGUGGUGGAGGAAAAGCGCGGGCGGGUGUGCUCCACAUAGGUGGUGGCAUCGAGACGCCGGCGCUGCUGCUGUCCACGCGCAAAGGACUGCCGUCAUUCGUGUCCUGCGACCUCCUAGCCUCACUUCCCCUCCCGGACUCCCUCCUCCUCCAUGUCUGCCCAACCCACUUUAUAGAGGGCCCUCCAAUGAAGACAAUAUCAAACAUUGGCGGUUUGCACCGCAUGCUGGGUUUGCCUGAUCACAUUCUUGUAGCUGCGGCAGGUGAUUCUAUCGAGAGUCUGCCAUCAAGCGAAGCCACCAACAAAUUCGGUGCCUCCUUUGAUACACCUUCUGGCCGUAGACUGGUCAAACCAUCUGACUAUAUGGAGUUAGUUUCCUGCAUGAAGCCUAAUCUAUGGGCCAGUUUGGCGGAUGAGGUACCUGCUUGGGUGACUGAGAAACGGAACAAAACCUCUGUUGACAGGACAUUGCGGUGGCUUGAUGCAUGUAUUGCUUUGGAUGCGGCUGCUGGAGCAAAUAGUUUUGGUUUUAUUGUCGGAGGAUCUAGCAUAGAACAACGAAGGCUAUGCGCCACUGAAGUGGCAAAGCGGAAUGUUUCAGGCUUUUGGAUUGGUGGAUUUGGCCUUGGAGAUGAUAUUGAAGAGCGCUGCAGUUUACUCAAUGCAGUAACAGAUUGUUUGCCACCAGAAAAACCUCGGCUUGUGUCUAGGCUUGGUCUUCCAGAGGAGGUCUUGGAGGGUGUAGCUGCCGGUAUCGACCUUUUUGACUCCACGUAUAUUUACCAACUUACUAUGGGUGGUUUCGCACUGAUCUUCCCUGUUGACAUGGUUGGGAGAGAGAUGCAGAAUGGUCUGUUCAACAAUGAUGGUGGAGAUUCAACAAAGAUUAACCUGCGUGCAACUACAUAUCGGAAAGAUACGUCGCGGCUGGUUGAUAGCUGUAGCUGCUUCACGUGCCAGAAUCACACUCGUGCUUACCUGAAUCAUUUGCUCAAUGUCCAUGAGAUGCUGGCUCAGAUUCUUCUGGAGAUACACAAUACCCAUCAUUACCUUCGUUUUUUCCGUUCCAUACGGGAAGCAAUCAAUGUUGGAGAGUUUGAUGUAUUUCGGCAGCAGUUUGUUAAGAAGAGACGUGCCCAUAUCACCGCUGCUGUUCUGUAGGCGUGAUCAAGGGUUUAUCGGGCUGUGCUCACAAGACUGACCGAUCAUGUAAUCAGAUUUAUGUACACCUGAAUAUUUACUAGUCAACUCCAAUGUCAAUCGUCCUCAAAUCUGAAAAGAUUGUCUAGGAAUAAUUAAGAUUUCCCGGAGAACACGGAAGCAGAUGUUAAACAUAGAGUGUUCAAUGGCUGCUGAAUCAUCUCUUUUGGAUAAAUUUCCAGGAACCUUGAUUUGAAUUCAAUUGGCUUGUUGGGGCUGAAUA